CAACUACUUUGAAUACAUAAAAGAAGCAGAAACUCAGAAAUCACAAUAAACAAACAACAGCUGUUGAAGAUUGGUUGUGUUUCUAGAAAUAUUGGCGUUGUCAACAAAGACAGUGAAAAUAGAAGAGAAAGCAUUUUUAUAAAUAAUUUCAUAUAAAUUCUAAAGCAACGAAACAUUAAAAGUUUUACAACGUUAUGGCGCAUUAUAAGGGAGCCGCAAGUGAGGCGGGUCGUGCCGCACAAUUGAUGAAGAAACGUGAAAUUGCACAACAAGAAAUUGAGUUUCGCAAAAAGAAAAUCGAGGAGGAACUAAAACUCGACAAGAUUGAGAACAAAUUUGCUGCACAUUAUGACGCGGUGGAACAGCAGCUUAAAAGCUCGACCAUUGGUCUGGUCACCUUGGAUGAGAUGAAAGCCAAACAAGAAGAUAUAGUAAGGGAGCGUGAAAAAAAGUUGGCACAGAAAAAAGAUGAAAAAGAGCGUGAAAAGCAACGUGCACUGGAGGCUAUACAAGCAGAAAAGAAUAAACAGAAGCGGCAAAUUCAAGCGCUUUCUUUUAAUUUUAACGACGACGAAGAAGAAAAUGAAGAUGAGGAGACAAAGGACGAUGCGGAAUCUGAAUCAGAAGUUAAAGAAGUUAUUUUACCACCGAAGAAAAAAUGGACAGAAUUGGAUGAUGAUAGCGGUCCACCAAAGAAAAAGAAAAUUUUCAAAAAUCCAGAAGUAGAUACAUCUUUUCUACCUGACCGCGAACGUGAAGAGCAGGAGAAUCGUUUACGCGAACAAUUGCGACAGGAAUGGGUUAUGCAACAGGCGGCUCUUAAGGAUCAAGAAAUAACCAUCACCUUCAGUUACUGGGAUGGUUCUGGUCAUAGGCGAAGUGUGAUUAUGAAGAAAGGAAAUUCUAUUUACCAAUUUUUGCAACGCUGUCUUGAGCUGCUGCGUAAGGAAUUCAAUGAAUUGAAAACUGUUAUGGCUGAUCAACUUAUGUAUGUAAAGGAAGAUUUAAUACUGCCACAUCAUUAUUCGUUUUAUGAUUUCAUUGUGACAAAAGCUCGAGGUAAGAGUGGACCGCUUUUCCAAUUCGAUGUGCACGAUGACGUACGUAUGAUUAGCGAUGCAACUGUCGAAAAAGAAGAGUCACAUGCUGGCAAAGUGCUCUUACGUUCUUGGUACGAACGUAAUAAACAUAUUUUUCCAGCUAGUCGUUGGGAGCCAUACGAUCCUACAAAAACUUAUGAUAAGUAUACUAUUAAGGAUAAGAGUAAGAAAACAUAGAUUAAAUGUUUUGUAGAGGUUUUAGAUAAGCAAAAAAUAAAGUACAUUAUAUAUCUAUGUAUAACAUAUAAAAUGUGUA